GCCAUUCCCCCGAAACCAAUUCUCACUCCAAGCGCCAACCAUCGAAAGAUGGUAGACGAGAAGACAUUGGCGACCAGCCAGAUGACCGCAAUUACAUCUAAGCCUUGCAGCGAACCAACCCAGCCUACAGAUGCUCAUGCAGCAGCUCCUCCAAUGACUGUUGACGAAAGUGAUGCCAUCAAUACCGCUGAUACGAAAAAGACUACAUUAGAAUAUCCUCAGAAUAAAGAGAAUGACAUCGUGGAAGCUGGAAUCAAUUAUGGUUCCCAGAAAUGGUAUCAUCGGCACGCAACCAGGUACUCCAAGCAUAUAGUAUAUGCCACAAUCUGGAUCCUGUUCACAGGCUGGUGGAUUACUGGCCUCAUCCUUCAUCGUUUUGACUUGGGCUGGCUGAUACCAUUUCUGCUCUAUCUCGCCAUCACCCUGCGUCUCAUAUUCCUCUAUGUUCCGAUCUCCGUGGUCACUAGACCAGUCUUUUUCGUGUGGAACCAGACUGCAUCACGUCUUGUUAGCUAUGUGCCAGAAAGGUUUCGCAUCCCAGGCGCGGCCCUGGUAACCAUUGCCGUGAUCCUAGUCGGAGCCUUCGCGUCCCCCGAAACACAUGAAAACACACGGGCAGACAGAGCCGUCAGCCUCUUUGGCCUCGUCGUCUGCCUCUUUAUUCUAUGGCUCAGCUCCCGAAACCGGAAGAAAAUUGUCUGGCACACAGUCAUUGUUGGUAUGCUGGUCCAGUUUAUUAUCGCGUUGUUCGUCCUGCGCACCAAAGCUGGAUACGACAUUUUCAAUAUCAUCUCUACUCUUGCCAGGGAGCUUCUUGGCUUUGCCAGACAAGGUGUCGACUUCCUCAUCGAACCCGAAUGGGCUGAAAAGCAUAGCUCCUGGUUCCUGGUCGGCGUCAUUCCAGCCAUCCUGUUCUUCGUCUCCCUAGUCCAACUCCUCUACUACAGCUCGGUCCUGCAAUGGGCGAUCAGAAAGUUCGCAACCUUCUUCUUCUGGUGCAUGCGCGUCUCCGGCGCGGAAGCCGUCGUUGCAGCAGCCUCACCAUUCAUCGGCCAAGGCGAAUCCGCCAUGCUCAUCAAACCCUUCGUCCCAUUUCUCACCAUGGCCGAAGUUCAUCAGAUCAUGUGCUCCGGAUUCGCCACCAUCGCAGGCUCCGUCCUCAUCGCCUACAUCGGCAUGGGUGUCAACCCGCAAGCCCUGGUCUCCUCCUGUGUGAUGAGCAUUCCAUCCUCCCUAGCCGCAUCCAAGCUACGCUGGCCCGAGGAAGAAGAAACCCUAACAGCAGGUCGUGUCGUCGUUCCCGAUGACGACGAAGACAAACCUGCCAAUGCCCUGCAUGCCUUCGCUAACGGCGCCUGGCUAGGGCUCAAAAUUUCAGGGAUGAUCGCCGCGACUCUCUUGUGCAUCAUAUCUCUCAUCGGGCUAAUCAACGGCCUCCUCACCUGGUGGGGUCACUACCUCAACAUCAACAACCCCCCAUUAACCAUCGAGCUUAUCGUCGGAUAUAUCUGCUAUCCCAUCGCAUUUCUCCUCGGCGUGUCCCGGAAUGGCGACCUUCUCAAAGUGGGCAAGUUGAUCGGCAUAAAAAUCGUCAUGAACGAAUUCGUCGCCUACAACGCCCUCCAAAACAACCCCGAAUACCAAGACCUCUCCGCCCGCUCACGCCUCAUCGCCACCUACGCACUUUGCGGCUUCGCUAACAUCGGUGCCCUGGGCAACCAGAUCGGUGUCCUCGCUCAACUCGCGCCCAGUCGUUCAGGCGAUGUCUCCCGGGUGGCGGUGAGUGCGAUGCUCACGGGAGCGAUUAGCACGUUAACUAGCGCUGCGAUUGCGGGGAUGUUGAUUACGGAUGAGCAACAGUUUGCGCGGUCGAGUUCGUAGGGUGUGUUGGUGGAUUGGGAGUUGAAUGGUAGUGAUAGAUGCGAUUGCGAGAACUAUGUACUUUGUUUUUGGUUUAGAGGUGGAUUGGUUGGGUUGGUUCUUUUUGCUGACGACACUAAGUCAUAUUGAAAUAAUGAAUUCAUG